GGUCUGCUGUCUAUCUUGCGUAAAUUGAAAAGUGCUCCAGACCAGGAGGUACGGAUUCUGCUCCUGGGUCUUGAUAAUGCUGGAAAGACCACAUUACUAAAGCAGUUGGCAUCGGAGGAUAUAAGUCACAUCACUCCAACACAGGGAUUUAAUAUUAAGAGUGUACAAUCUCAGGGGUUUAAACUCAAUGUAUGGGACAUCGGGGGACAAAGGAAAAUCAGGCCGUACUGGAGGAAUUAUUUUGAGAAUACAGAUGUACUUAUUUAUGUAAUUGACAGUGCAGACCGAAAACGCUUUGAAGAAACUGGGCAGGAACUGGCUGAACUCUUGGAUGAGGAGAAACUGAGUGGAGUCCCUGUGCUGAUCUUUGCUAACAAACAGGAUUUACUGACAGCUGCACCCGCCUCAGAAAUUGCUGAGGGUCUAAACCUGCACACAAUCCGGGACAGAGUCUGGCAGAUUCAGUCGUGUUCAGCACUCACAGGAGAAGGUGUACAAGUACGUGUGAUAGCUUUGAUGAAUAGGUAUCUAGUGAAUGUAGGUCUAAUGAUGUACCCCCUCAUCUAA